GUCGACGGUUGCCGCACAGUCGCACACAACGCUGAACGCUGCGGGCCGCACAACUUCGCCGUUCCGGACACGAAACUUUCCGCGCCCGAAACCGAACGACGGCUGCGGCGGUGUCACGACCGGUAACGCGGUAACUUACGCUGGUGUCGUAAUUAUAUUGUAACAUUAAUAAUAACAUUUAAAUUUAUCAAUCGUCGUACCGACCGGAAACCGUCAUGUAUCGACUACAAGAAGUGGCUCGUCCGGCGGCCAAAUAUUUCGUCAACGUACCCCGUAAGUCGCCGAGUCAUUAAAUAAUGAAAUAUUAUAGCGUUUAUGUCAUAAUUAUGCAGUAAGUUGUUUGAUCUGACGACGUCACGGCACUCUUAUAUUGUAAUACGCCCGAAACCGAACAUUUUACAUCGUAUACGACAGUGGUAAUUUUCGAUAGGGUCUGCGCAUGCAUAAGUCAAUUCCCACGGCCGAAGGCCAAUUUCCACGUUAUUCGAGCGAAAAUACCGUCCCGGGAGUACGCGUACACCGGAUACCGGAUGUAAAUAAAUGUGACCUGUAAUCACUAACAGUAAUAAUAUUAUAGUUUAAGGUAAUCGCGAAAAAAAAAAAAAAAAAGAAAAAAAAAACCGCCAAACGUUAAAUGUUCGUCUCUCGGUAGGCGCCUUAUAUUACGCAGUUUGGCACAAUGUUACAAAUACGCAUUUAUUCGUACGGAUUUCUAUUCAGAUACUACUUUUUUGGGUGUUAUAACACGAGACGUGUAUUUAUUGCAGGCUUGUAUUUGUUUUAUCGUUCAUAGUAAUACCUGUCCGUGUAAAAAGUUGGUUUGUACCAAAGCUGGUGUAUACAGGGUGUUCUACAGUGUUAUCCAUAUGCUAAUAACUCUGUCAAUAUUUAUUUAUUUUUUUUUAAUCGGGUUUUUUGCGAGGGGGACACGUAUGCAAAGAAACAUUAAAUUAUUGAGAAAAAAUAACUUUUUAUUUUUCCGCUUUUUCAUAUUGUCAAAAUAAUAAUUUUGUAAAAUAUAUUAUUCUAAACAUUUCAAUGUAUCAUAUCCGAUUAGUAGUUUAGAUUAAUAGUAUUCAAUAGAAGAUAAGGAAUUACCGUGCUGAUCGUGAUUCCUUAUCUCGUAACGUGUUACUCUAUUGAGUAUUGAUUGUUUUCACACAUAUUUUCUAUACAUUAGAAUCACUACGACUAAGAAACUAUUAAAUCAGAUAUGAAUGUAUGAUACAUUUAUGUAUAAUAUUUUUAGAAUGAUAUCUUUUACGAAAUGGGUUUUUUGGAAAUGUUGAAAAGUGAUAAAAUUAAGUUAUUUUUUUUUUCAGUAAUUAAGGGAUAAAAUAAAAUAAAAUGAAAAUAAAAUUUUUCUCUACAUAUGUAUCUCCCUCACACAAAACCGGAUAGAAAAAAAAUAAUAUUAUUGACAGAAUUAUUAGCAUAAGGGUAACACUGUAGGUCAUUUCGUAUAUAGUAAAAAGUUGAUUUUAACCUUUAAAAGUGCAAGAUAUUCCCAUAUUUAACUGUUUAUUCCUGAAUUUUUUUCUAUUGUACAAUAGUUGUGUACCUAUUUUCUUUGUCUCUGGUUUUUAAGGACCAUCUCAUCCUACACUUAUGCUCCUUUAUCCUUCUCUAUGUAUCAAUUGCUUUUAAUUUACAGUUCCAACAAUUAAUAUCGUAUCUAGUGGAACUCGGGGUACAGGUUAGGUUAGGUGACAGGUGAGUGGGUGGUCCCAGUGGUCAGAAAUAUACAUAGUAUAAAUACAAUUUGUAGAAAAUAUAAUUAUACAAAUAUUACUAUGAAUUUAUGUAAUUAAACGUAUAUAUUGUAUGUUAUAUAACACAAUAAUCGGACUUGAACAUUUUGAAAUAACUUUCUAGGCACUAUUUAGACCACCAUUAACAGUUUUUAAGAGAAGAAAAAAAUUAUUUUUCAAAAAAAAAUCAAUUCUGAGAGCGAAAGGGUUAAACUACUUCGGCGCCACUGAUCAAAUCCAUUUUGUACAACUAAUUUUUAAUUUUUGAUUGUACCAUAAAUUAGUAAUCUGCACUAUAGCUUUUUAAAGUUUAAUACAGGUCAGUGGUGGUCAAAUGAUUUUUCCAUGAGAGGAGAGGGGGAGUUAAGCUGAUUUUUAUUAACAAUAUUUACUAUUUACAUUAUUAUUAUUUUUUUUAUGAAUAUAUAGGAAGUAUAAUUCAAUAGUUAAUGGGAAAUAUAUUCUCUUGUCUUCUCUCCCCUAUUUGACGCCCCCGAUUUGAAUAUUAUAUAAAUUUGAAAAGUACAUUUUAUGUAAUAUUGUGGUAGAUUAUUUUAUUACUGCGAUAAUAGUUGAGAAAUAUUAUUAUUACAUAAUAAUCAAAAAAUUGCAAUCGGACAUGUUAUUAUGUUAAGGAAUUUAUUGAGUUGGACGUUAAAAUUCAUAACGCAUAUAAAUAAUUAUGUCCUGUAUAGGAUUAUUAUUACAGUUAUUUAUUUAUAUAGAUAUGUACCUAGAUACUUACCUACCAACCGGUUUAUUGAUAAUUGGAACUAUUCCGAUCGUCGUUACCUAGUUAGUUUUGAAUAUUGUCAAAGUAAUGUUAGUUAUUAAAUAUUGACAAACGAAGGUCAAAUAAUCAUAUUGUUUACAUAAUAGAUGAGUUCGGGUGAUUUACAUUAUGUCUGGUGUUCAUGUUUUAUAAUAUUAUAAUCAACUACGUUUACUGUGGAGAAUAACAUUUUUUUAAAGUUUUAAAGUAGAUAACUAAUCGUAGGUAUAGUUUACGAUUGUAAGGAACUUUUUACAAAAAAAAAAAAUACUCAUCAUUACGUUAUACUAUCGUAUAUAGUCAUUUAGUCAUUUAUAACCGUUAUAUUUAUGCGAUUUGCCAACAUCUGAAAAGCAAGAAAUAGGUAUAUAAGUUAAAAAAUUAUUAUUAAUAGUUUAAUAAAAAUCAAAUAAUUCUAACUAACUUUAUAUUUCGUUCGAUUAGAAUUUCGAAUACAACACCCAUAAUAGUAUAACGUACGACCACGAUUAUCACUGUGUUAUACCUAUAUUACUACGUUUUCUUUAGGUCACAAUAUAACAAUGAAAAGUUCAAUCACAAGUAUAAAUUAUAUUAGGUACGUUAAUUGUGUUUUCAAUGUACUUGUAUAGUAUUAAUUAUUAGUAUAAUGUAAUACAUAGUGUUAUACUUAGAAAUUCUAAAAAUCAGAAUUUGAAUAUAUGCAUAGUUUAACAAUAAAAAUGGGCCAAGCGGGCUUCAAAAAAAUUCACUCUCCAUUAUAAUAUUAUGAUCAUAUGAUUUCCUUUAAGACUCUGAGCGCAGCGAGAAAUUUAACUAUUGAUUUUACUAUGCAAUGUGUGAUUUUUUUUUUCUGUUCAUAAAACAAUUUUUAUAUACGAUUAUAUAUAAUAGAUUUUGAAUCUAGUUAGUACAUUGAGAUUUUCAAAGGUCAUUUUUUGAUUUCCAAGCAGUUUUCUUUAUGUAUUUUUUACCUUAUCGGAAUCUCACUUAUAAUAGUCAGUGGCGCGACCGCCCCCAGUAUCAGGUCUUAUUAUUUUGAUUAAUAGAUAUUUGUUACAUAAAAUUAAUCAAAAGCAAUAAUAUAUUUAAUUAAAAUUUAAAAAAAUUAUUUACUAAAACAUGUAAAUACUAGGUAUUACAUUAUACUAAUACUACGAUAGUAAUAGCAGGCAUGAAAAGGCGCUAACCGAGGGCCUACGAUACUAUAUAAGUGUUGUAUUCGAAAUUUUAACAGUCAACAGUUCAACCUACUGAAAUCGCUAAUCUUUAUUUUGGAAUAAUAUAUUGCACGUGUUUGCUUGUAUACAGUAAAAUUGGCGUCUACGCUCUGUCCCGGAGAGUAUUCAGCUCCGGUGGUCAGUACACCGGUGCCCGGGCCGAAAUCGAAAAAACUUCUUGCCGAGCUUUCGACAUUUCAAGUGAGUCAACGUUACUAUUAUAAUGUAAUGGGGGUUCAUUAAUAUUAUACGACGAUCGAGAUACUAAAUUUAAUGUAUUAUUUAUUAGGACGCAUAGUCCAUUGAUAUUAAGUGCAGUUUUAGUGAUCGUGUGUAUAUUUUUGUUACGUAUAUAUAUUUAUGGGUGCUAAUGUAGGAACAACUUUUAACUGCAGGAUGUAGUGCGGUUUAAUCCGGUAUAAAUCGCAUUAAUUAUAACCGUUUAUAAAAGGGGUUAAAAUAUACGCAGGAUGUAUUUUAUUUAAAACGUUUUCGAAUUUUCGUUUGCGGUUUAAUCGUGUACGGCGUUUUUUUAACGGUAAAUAUAAACAGGACACAAAUAAUUUAUUAAAUUAACUUUUGGAAACAAAUAUUAUUAUUUUUUAUGUAGUUAUAUUCUAGGGUUUUAAAUCGUAUACAAUUAUUAUUAUCGAUCGUCAAUUAUCAAUUUUAUAUACUAUAUUAUACUUACUCGGUGAUGGGUGACGACACGUUCAUUUUGGCUAAUCAAAAUCGCUUUUAUUUAUUGUAAAUUAAAUAUAAUUAUUUGAAUAUUCGAAAUCAAAUCGUUCCGUCAUCGGUUAUGAUAUUAUUAUUUAAGGGUAUUCGACUCUAUAACAAAAAAGAAAAAAAAAACGGCAUACCUAUAUAUAUAUAACACAUAUAAUAUGUUGCUGUCGAUAUACCUACAGUAAUUAUUAUUAUUUUUUUUUUUUAGCAAUCCGGGUCGGUUCAGCUGUUCGCUGACUACAACAAAUCAUUGGGCAACUAUCUGGUCGAUGUGGAUGGUAACGUUUUAUUGGAUGUGUACACGCAAAUAUCGUCGAUGCCGUUGGGCUAUAAUCAUCCAGAAAUGUUGAAAGCGUUGGACAGCGACGAGAAUAAAGUUUGUACCGGUUAUUCGAAAUAUUUUUUGUGGUUGGUCGUUAAAAAAAAAAAAUUAGCCCCUUUUUUCAAAAAUUCUGGAAGGAAUGAUGUGCAUACUGAUUUUAAGACUCAUUUUUUUUCCUCGGAAAAUAUAUUUUACGUGAGUAAAUAUCUCUCAAGCCAUUAACACCAUAGGUACCCGCGUAUUAAAAUAUGCGGAUCAUACAUGGUGCUUUAUUUAAAAUAUCAAUUUAUAUUAAUGGAGGUCUCACGCUUGAAUAUUAGAAUUGUUUUUUGGUGUCUCGGUCUUCAAUGGAUUUAUGGUCUUGAAUAACAUGCUGACGAACAAAGUUCACUCGACCGUUUCUUAUCCAAUUUUCUCCUACGCAAACCUGGUUCAUUUUGUUUUACUUCAUUUUAGAUUCUGAGUGAAGCGAAGAAGCAUAUGGUUUUACAAUGAUGUUAAUUUCGUUUUUUUUUUUUUUUUAUUUGUGACAACUUUUUUACCGGAUAUAUUGCUUUGAUUUAUAAGUGUAGCAAUUUUUCUGAAAGAAAAUCUGAAGACUUUCAUGAUUUGAUCUGAAAAUUAGGGUGGUACUUUAAAGAGGUCAUUUUUUGAUUUCUCCAGGAGUUUUCCUAAUAAAUAGGAAAAACUAUGAAAACGCGGGAAAAUCAUGAGAAUGGGAAAAUAGGUAUAAUAUUAAACAAAUAUUAUUAAAUUGUUUAAUGCACACAAUGUUAUUAUUGUACCAUAAUAUGACGUAUAUAUAUAUUGUUAACAAAGCAAUACUAUCAACUGAACUUCGCUUAGAAUCGUUUUUUUUUUUUUUUUUGGUAGCAAUGGUUUAUCGUUACUUACAGAUAUACAUUAAAUUCCCAUCUGUAUCCUACCUUUCCAAUUUCUCAUCUACAACAUUGGCUGCAUCCACGUGUGACGUACAUCCGUCUUUUUUAUUUUUAUUAUCUUUCCACUUUGUACGUGAACGUUCUAAUGAUUUUUUGUAACCAUCGGCAUUUCCAGGUUAAGCUAACUUAAUCAGUGAUCCUUUUAAUCCACACGAACGACAUGUCCAUUGUAGUUGUUUUCGUUAUUUAUUGUACCUACUACACCGGGUCUUUCUCGGCGCCUAUUACAAUGUACAAUAUGUAUACAUAGUAUGUAACGUUAAACUAUUUUUACGUAUAUGUUGUUUUAGAGAGCCGUUGUCAAUCGUCCAGCGUUGGGUGUAUUUCCGGCCGCAGACUGGCCAGCGAAGCUGCGCAACACAUUGAUGAGCGUAAGCUUGACACGAAAAAAUAAUAAUAUAUCGUUACGGUGAUGUAAUACGACGAACUUUGCGAUGUUUAUGUUUAUUUGCAGGUGGCACCCAAAGACAUGGGUGCGCUGACCACCAUGAUGUGCGGAUCGUGUUCCAAUGAAAAUGCGUACAAGAAUAUGUUUAUGAAGUAUCAGCGUGACAAGAGGGGCGGUACUUCAGAUUUCACUGAACAAGAGAAGGAAUCGUGCAUGAUAAACAUGGCGCCGGGUACGCCGAAAUUAUCCAUACUGUCGUUUAUGGGCUCGUUCCAUGGUCGAACGCUGGGGGCACUGUCUACUACGCACUCCAAGUACGUGCACAAGAUUGACGUACCAGGAUUCGAUUGGCCGAUCGCCAGGUUCCCGGUGUACAAGUAUCCGUUGCACGAGAACCUCAAGGAAAACGAUCAAGAAGACCAGCGCUGUCUGGCAGAAGUCAGUACUAAAGACGAAUAACGUCGUAGUAUAGAUAAAAAGUAUAAUUACCGUGUUUGUUACUCACACAGGUAGAGGAACUGAUCGAGAAAUGGGAAAAGAAGGGGAACCCCGUGGCUGGCAUCAUCAUUGAACCCAUCCAGGCCGAGGGUGGAGAUAAUCACGCAUCGCCGUAUUUCUUCCAACAAUUGCAGAAGAUUGCUAAAAAAGUGAGUGUGGUGGCGUUCGAUUGGAUCAUAGUUAUAAUAAUGUUAAGGGCCGUUUUUACCAACUUAAAUUAAUGCGUUCAUCUAAUUUACAAUAACUGGAUUUAUAGUUGACAACUGACCAUGAUUGGAUGAUCAUUUUUUAAACCGAACAUUAAUAUUUGGUAUUUUCCCAGUUACUCCUUCUACCAGAAAGAAUAUUUCCUAUAUAAAUAUAUAAAAUAUAAUAUUUUGUUCCAAAUUCAAUCGUUUACCAUUUAUUGUAGUGGAACCACAGUAUGGAAAAUCUUACUCUACUGGGUGUUCAAUGGACAUUACUGUGUAUCUAUUUGGCCAUUAUUAACUUUCUUAAACAAUUUCCUGGCCGGCUGUCAACUUAACGUCAUGAACAAAUAUGUUUUUGAGUAUCUGAGAAAAGAGUAAUGAUUCAGAACGGAACUUAAGAUAACAAGACUAUAAUCGUUAACUAUAUACCACGGUAUGUUGCGGAUAAUAAUAAUAAUAUUAUAAUAUAGGUAUGCAGUUGAAAUAUCUAAAUCAUAAUAUUAAUAAUAUUAUAUUAAAACUAAACAUAAAAAAAAACAUGAACAUAAAGUACUAUUAUCAUAAAAGUUUGCAUAGAUAUUUUUAUUUUAUAUUUUUUAAUAAAAAUAAUACGAACAUUAUUUAACAAUCAACAAGCGUUUGGAAUUAAUGCUAAUACUCUAAUAUACUUAAUGUAUAUACAAAUAAUUUAGAAAAAAAAUUUUCAUAGAGUAGUCGAGUGGUCUUAAUUCUACGGGAUAGGUACAACAGAAAAUAAAAACAUGAAAUUAGGAUGAUAUGACGAUUGAUUCGCUACUUAUGGUAGGUACUUACUGUUGAAUAAAAUACAUAAACAUUCAUAUUCCAUAAUCUAUUUUUAAAUAUAAUUAUUAAUCAACUAUAAAACCGUAUUUAGUGUAGGUAUCUAUACACGUGGCAGUUGAAAUGUUCAUAUUUUUCAAUGUAACUAUAUUUUUUUUAUUUUUAGAUUCUGAGCGGAACGAGAAAUAUAUUGGUUUUAUUUUGAUGUGUAUGAUUUUGUUUCUGUCUGUGUACAAUUUUUCUACCAAAAAUCUUCCUCUACUCAGAAAACUAAUAGAGAACUUUUUUGUAGCAUUUUGGAUUUAAUUAGUGUAUAUUUUUCUUUUAGUUUACCUAAUAGUUGGGAAAAAGCGGAAUUUAAUGUACAUUUCUGUACAUGUCUCAAUUCAGAAAACGAAUUAAGAUUUAGAAUACACAAUAUAUAGUGUUAAAAAAUUGACUGUGCCUAGUUACAUAAAAGAAAAAAAAAGUUACAGUUUUACAGUUUGGCACUACCUAUAAUAGCACCUGACCUAAAUAAUAAUAAUAAUAACAAUAAUAAUAAUAAUAAUAAAAAUAAUAAUAAAAUAAUCUAUGUUUUCAUAGUACAAUGCGGGCUAUCUGAUUGAUGAGGUGCAGACUGGCGGUGGGCCCACGGGCAAGAUGUGGUGUCACGAACAUUUCGAUCUGGAAACAUCGCCGGACAUUGUGACGUUCAGCAAGAAAAUGCAGACCGGUGGAUACUAUUUGAAAAGCGAAUUCUUGUAAUGAUAUUUUGAACACGCUAUAUAAAUUACUGCCAAACUACUUGUGUUAGGAUUAUAUGCCACUAAUUACUGUAUUUUUUUUUCAUGUAGACCCGACAUACCGUACCGUGUGUUUAACACGUGGAUGGGCGAUCCGACCAAAAUCUUGUUGCUCGAUGCUAUCCUGGCCGUGAUCAAGAGGGACAACCUUUUGUCAGUUGUCGAAAAGUCCGGCGAAGUGCUCAUGUCCGGACUCCGUGAUUUGGAGUCCGAGUUCCCGGCUUUGAUCAACUCCACUAGAGGUCGUGGCACGUUCAUAACGUUUGAUGCCGCCGAUGCUAAACUCCGCGACGAUAUUGUUCGAAGACUCUUACAAAAAGGUUAGCACCUUUAUUAUUUUAUUGUAUUUAUUUUAUGAGCUGGGCUUGGAACUUAUAGUACUUAAAUUCGCAAAAAAUUGUCCAAAAAUGUCAAAAAGCUAUGGAAAAAGCACUUAAAAGUAUUUAAAAAUCUCAAAUAGCAAAGGAGUUUAAAAGCAUUUCCUCUAAUAGCUUUAAUUUAUUAAAUACUAUUAUCUAACAUAAACACAGAGUAAUUUUUUUUCAAAUACAAACUACUUUAUUUAAACAUAAUUACUUUGUAUUAUUACUUUUGUAGUGUUGGAAAAUGUUAUUUAAUAAGUUACAGCUUUAGAAGGAAGGACAUUAAACCCUUCUACCAUUUUUUCUCUUUACAUUUUUUUAAAGUGUUUUCAGAGCUUGUUUGGAUUUUUUAAAUGUUUAUUUUUGGAUUUUAAGUGUUAUAAGUCUCAAGCCCGGAUUAUGAGUGUGUUCUCUACGUUAUCAGCUGUGUUUUUAAUACUUUAAAAUUCAAUUGUGUUACUAUCCAUGAAUCUAUUUGUUAAGUUUAUUGUAAUUUAUCUAAACAUCUAAGUAUUUGAUUAUAAAAUGACACUUGAAUAUGACUAUCAUAUGGAAACAAUAUAAAUAAUAACACUAAAAAAAAAAAAAAAAACUAACAAAAAUAAAACACUUAUAAUUCAUAACAUAGUUACUAUAUUAUGUAAUCAACGAUUUUUACACUGAACAAAUACGAUUUAAGGAAUUCCAGAUUUAUUGUUCGUACUAAAUUUUAAAAUGUAAUCAAGUUAUUUAACUUAAAUUUAUCUAUAUAUUGUAGUCAUCGGUAAGUUACACUUCAAAAGUAGUAGGUACAGAUAUAUGAUUAGAACUAUUAGUCAUUACCGUUAUAAAAUAUAAUGCCGUGUACAACACUUCCAUUUGGUAUCUAUUAUUUGUAUGUAAUCAAGUGAAUUUAUACUUCUGAAAUUGGAAACUAAGUAGUUCAUUGUUAUUUAAACUGCUUUUAGAUUUUGAGUGGAGCGAGGAAUGUAUUGGUUUUAAAAUGAUGUUUAUUUUUUUCUGUAAAAAACUCUUCUAUCAAAUAUUUAGCUCCGCUUAGAUUUUAAAUCAAAAUUACAUAACUUGGAAAAAAAAAAUGUUAUUAAAUUACAUAGUUUUGUUACAGUAAAGUAAUGCGUGAUUUGCAUUAGUUUAUUCUAACUCAAGACUAGCUGAUGCCGAUGUUUUAAUAAUAAUAUCAAAAUAAAACUAUUACUUUAUUUAAUCAGAUUUUAUUUUAUUUUUUGUACAUUGGACAAACAGAAACAAAUUAGACUAAAAUAAUUGUUUACGUACUUGAUUAUUUUUAAAUGUAGAAAGAACAAUAAUUAUUAAUUGCUAUAACUAUCGAGGCAUACAAAAGAAAUUAUUUUCAUGUAAAAUCGAAUAAAAUUUUUUAAAAAAUAGGUUAAUACAUAUAUUAAUUGGUUCCGAUGUAUCAACUAUUUGUAAUAUAAUACUAGAAUGACCUAUGUGUUUAUUUUUUUGAUAGUGCGUACAGAAUGUUAAAGUUUAUCGAACAAUUACUAUUAUAGGUUUAUUGAAAAUCUGCAUUAUUAUCAAUAUUAUCAAUAUUGUUUUGUUUGAAACAUAAAUAAAUUAUUAGGUACAGUUUAUUUUUGUUUGUAUAAUAAAAAAAAACAUAUUUUUAAAAUUAUUUUAAGACGUGUAUCCUAAAAUAAGAAGAUAAUUUAUUUAUUUAAAUAUUUUAAAAAUUGUCAUCUAUUGGAAAAAUAAAAAUUACAAAUAUCAUAGGGUAUUUUUAAUGAGUUUAAUGUACCUACUCGUACAUUGACGGAACUAGUGAUGACCUAGGUAAAACGGCCACUGUAUGUUUCGUUGAAAUAGCGAAAUUAAUAAUAAUUUGAUAAAAGCCGUGACGUUUAGUGUAGGCAACUUUAUGUGGCCUAGUCACAUAAAAGAAAACCAUUUAAUCACGUAAUCUAUAACCAUAAUCUAAAACCGGUAACCUUUUAUAUAUACUUGGGUGUUUAAUAUUCAAAUAGGUUUGAAGCGUUCGAGCUUUGUAAAAAAAUACCGUAUUUUAUAAUUAUAUUAUUUAUAGUUCUAUUCAAUUAUUACAAAUUGCAAGUAUGGCGUCUGUGUUUGACAUAAAAUGCACGUAUCAUAAUUUACAGAGUGAUCAAUCUAUCGUAAGAUACUUAUAAUCUCGGAAAGUAUUAAAUUUUUUCUAGAACACUUUUCUAGAAUAUUUAUAGAACAUUUGUAUGUUUUAUAAAUGUUUUAUAGACAUUCAAGAAACAAGCAGGUCUACAAUUUUAUAUUUAUGUAAUUUUUUGUAAUCCUUAUUAUUGGGCAUAAAACCACUACAUAUUUUUAAAUGGCAACCUAUAUUAACAAUUUCAUAAAUAGAUGGAACAUUAAUUAAAAUAAAUAUUGAUUUUGACAUUUUUGAUUUCCGUCAAUCCGUUAACGAGAUAUUUCACUUUUAAGUUUGAAGUGCGUUGUAUUGCCACUACAAAAAUAAUGUUCCACUCAUAGAUAAUACAUAAUAAAUAGACUAUAUUGAUUAUCAGGUAUUCCUGAAUCUUUUGUCUUACUCAGCAAUAAAGUGUACAUCAUUCACUUUUAAAUUCUUCUUCUAUAAACUGAGUUAAUGUCAUUGAUAAAGGAAAAUAGUUAAUAGGUAAUUUGUUCUCAACAUAACAUAGAUGCAUAGCAAUAUGCAUGGCAACGAAAAUUAAUUUAUGGAAGAAAAGUAAAUUUAUCACUGAGUAAGAUAAAAGAUAUGAUUUUGAUAUUGCCUAUCUCUCGUCUUUAUUCGGGAAGGCUACCCGCAACAUAACAGUUAUACACAUGCUCAUAUAUGGUUUCACUACUUUCUUCUGGUCCAAACUUGAAAGUGGAAUAUCUCAUCAACGAAUUAAUGGAAAUCAAUAAUUUCAACACCAAAUAGGUUGCCAUUUGAAAAUCAAAUGUAAGUAGUGGUUUUGCUCCCAAAAAUAAGGAUGACAAAAAGUAAUAUUAAUAUAAAAUUGUAGAGCUGCAUGUUUCUUAAAUAUUCUUUAAAAUAUUUAUGAAACAUACAAAUGUUCUACAAAAAAGUUAAUAUUUUCCGAGAUAAUGAGUUCCUUACGAAAGAUUGAUUACCCUCUAUAUAAUAAUAAAAUAACACAUAUAAACAUACAUACAUAUAAUCGGUUAACAGAUGUAACAUGUAUCUACGAUUAUGGAUUAUUUUCGAAAAAGUUGUCCCAUGUUCAUUAGUGCAAAUAUCUCGAAUAUUUGUAUUUUUUUUUGGAGAAGAGGAAGAAGUCCCAAUAUGAAUAAUAUUGAUUAGAUUUAUUUAGUGUUUACUUGAUAAAAAUUUUAUUGAGGGAGGGGCUUGGCUGAGUUUUAGUUUUAUAAAAAAAAGAGCUUCACUUAGAAUCGUGAUUCAAUUAAAUCACAUUUACUCAGUAAGUUCGGAAGUUACGUGAUUGUAUAUGAUUCUUUCUUAAAUAUUAUAAAAAAUAAAUAAGACUCAUUUGGAAUCAAGUUAAAUUUUACUUUUGUAAGAAUAGCUCAUUUGUAGAAAUCUAUACAUGUGCAUAUCCAUGUGCAACCUCGUAACUUUCGAACUUAAUGAGUAAAUGUGAUUAAUUUGAAUGUAACCGUUACUUUCCUAUGUUAUUUAAAUGGAAAAACUAAGUAUGCGAUGAGUAAGUUCUAAACAAUUUUUUUGGGUAUGUUUGAGAUCAAAAGGAAGCAAUUUCCAGUUUUAAUUCGAAAAAAAAAAAAUUAAAAAUUAAAACAGUCUAAUGUAAUAUGUUACAUUUAUUCUGUAUACAAUUUUCCAUUAUUAUAACAUCGGCUAAAUCAUUAUUUUUUUCUUAUGAAUUUAAAUAUUAUGUAAUUAUUUUUGUUUUACUCGCACAGGAGUCCAAUCCGGUGGAUGCGGAGUGGUAGGCGUUAGACUGCGGCCUGCUUUGAUCUUCCAGCCUCAACACGGUCAUGCGUUCAUUGACAAGCUCCGUCAAGUGUUGGCCGAGACCAAAUAAUAAUUUGCCCUGCACAUUGAUAUCAAUACGUAUUUUUCAUAACUAUACAAGAAUAUGUGACGAUGAACCAUUUGAAAACGAUGUCUUCCAAAAAAAUAACAUACAUAUAAGCUUACCAAAUAUAUUAAAGUAAAACAAGUCUUCCAAAAUAAUAGCAUACACGCGGAAAUCGUGUGUAUAAUAUUAUUAUAAGCUAUAAGUUAUAACCUAUAGCGUUUUAUAACUAUCAUAAUUAUAUUAGUAUUUUAAUUACUGUUUUAAUAUACGUAAGUACUCGUAUAUGUAUUUUAUUAGUUUAUUAUAACUUUACUAUGCAUAUUUCUAUACAUUAUACUUAUUCAAAUUGUGAGUUCUAUCACGAUAUAGUAGUAUUGUUUUAUUAUUAUUAUUAUUAUCAUUAUUAACACCUGAACCUUUAUCAUCAAUAAUAAACUUAUUCAAAGACAUAAAAAAAUGAAAAGCGCACAUCAUAGUAAAAUACUAGCAUAUUAAUCAAAUAAGGAACCUCAAUUUCAAGUUUCUAAACACAGCGAGUUCGACUGUGUAAUGAUAAAUCAGUCAGUUAGGACAUAUACUUUUUUCAGGCACGAAUCUAAGGAUAGGGCACGUUUCGCCCUUGUCCCUAUUAUAUAUUUAAGUAUAAAUUAUUUACUCUAGAAUUUCGAUAACAAAACAAAACAAAAAUUUUCAAAAUAUUAUUUCUUAUCAUUUUAUGAAUUAUACGAUGAUUAAAUAAGCAGUAGUUAAAACAAAUAUUUAGGUUAGUUACCUCCAAUUAUGGUUUCUAGAUCCAGUGCUAAAACGUUUUAAAUGUGUGUUUUACUUUUAAACGGAACAUAUAUAUUUUAUGUCCCAUGAAAUAAGUCCAAUAAUUGGCCUAUAUGUACUGUAUUAGGUACCAAGUUAUUCUAACUAUAAUAUAGUAGCAUGGAACAACAUUGUUAUUUUCUUUUACAUUUUAUAAUAUUAUACAAUUUUGAGCAUAUAACUUAGAGUAUUUGUUUUUCACUUACUUUUCGUUGGGAC